AUGAGCGACGACACUACAACGACGGGACUGGCUGUGGAGCCGGUCGAUGACGUGGUGACGGAGCAGGAGCCAGCGCAGGAUGCCACAGAUGAUGGCAUGGGCAUCCACGAUCGCCUGGCCCCACCCAUGAUCAACUCCAAUGACGCCGUCUACGCGGACUCUCAGAUUAUCAGCGCAGAGACGCAGACAAGCCGCAGGAUCCUGUUCCGCGUCCCACGCACAUCCAUCCUGGAUAUUGAGGGCAGCUACCUCGCCUUCCAAAUCAACGUGACCCUACCCAGCAACCAGUCCAAGGACUUUUGGAGCCAGGCCUUCCCAGCCCUUGUUGGUGGCGCAGGUGUCAUUGACAGCAUCAUUGUACGCAUUGGGCAGCAGGAGGUUCAGCGCAUCGACUACUUUGCAUGGUGGAUGGCGACACACUAUCCUGAGCUGACCAUUAACCAGCAACAGUUUGUGCGAAGCUACCUGGACCUGAGCGGCACAGCCUACUCUGCAGACUGCUAUGGCAAGGUUACGCUCGGCUCCAACCCGUUUGCCAUGGAGAACUUUGCAGCGGCACCACAUGGCCGCACAUCCGGCACCGACAGCGGCAGCAACACGACCUGGCUCAGGAAGAUGGAGUACGUCUACCAGCCCUUUGGACGCAGUGUGCAGUCGCAUGUCACCAUCCCGAUGAUGUCCCUGUGCCCGUCCCUGUUCAACAGCAUUCGCCGCUACCCUGCCAUGGCCGCGGAACAGCUGAGCAUUGAGCUCGUGCUGAACCAGGACGCGGCUUCCCUGCUCACGGUUGGUGGCACACUCGCACAAACCGCCGCCCGCGUACCGAGCGAUCCAAGCGCCGCCGUGAAGAAGAGCCUCGUGUCCUACGCAAACAUUGCGUCCUACUCGAUUGAGGACCCAUUUCUCAUGUGCGACUUCCUGACACUCCCCAAGCCCAUUCUGGACGCUGUGAAUCAGCAGGUGAUGAGUGGUUCAAGCAGGUACAUGUACACGCAGUACAUUGCCAAGCAGCUUCCCAUCUCCGCCAGCAACGAUUCCUCGACCAAGGAUGUACCAAUUCGUGCAGACAACAGCAUCCUCUCUGAGCUUCUCUUCAUGCGGCGCAAGUCGUCCUCAGCAGCCUCUGGCAACAACCGGCUUGGGGCUUACGAGCUCGCCCCACCCUUUGCGGAGCUCAAUCUCAACAUCAACAACGUCAACUACUUUGAGAAGCAGCUGUACGACGGCGUUGACCUUCAGCUUCAAACAUCACGCCUCAUGGACAACUACUACAUUCCCAGCAUCAUCUACGAUGGCAAGACCCAUGAUGGCACAGCAUCGAGUAGCUCCACAGAGGGCAAGAAUGGUCGGUGGAUGGGACUGUUCUCACCAGUGGGUGUACCGUUCAUUCUUGAGUCCAACAUCUCGCGACAGCCCAUUCUGGUUCGGCACAAGGCGCGUGCGCCACCCUCAAACACGGGUGGUGCCAGCUUUGAGAACCAGGUUGUGGUGUGGAUUGGACGUGCCGAGUCUCUCAUCCUUGCUUCUUCUCGUUCACGUGUUCUCUGA